AUGGGUAAGCAUCGGAAUGUAUUUGGAGAUGGCUCAGACACCGAUAGUGAAGAUGAAGUGCCUCAAGUGAGACGCAAACCUGUGGUUAAACACUUCUUUCUUCCUAAAGAUGAUAUACCACUCAAUAAGAAAGAGGAAUCAAAUUCAAUGAAUACAAGUAUGAAUGGACUUGAAUCAGUUGAAAUAUCUGAAAUUACUACAGUCGAUGAUCAUCAACAUUAUAUGGAAUUUCCAAUUGGACAAAAUGUUACAUCAUCGAUAAACACAUCUUUAUUCCAGUCAGAUCAUAAAUCAGUAGGACUAUCCAUCAUGGAAAAAAUGGGGUUCAAAGUUGGCCAAUCGUUGGGUCAAGAUAAUCUGAGAACAAAUGCUAUGUAUGAGCCUAUCACGGUUAUCCCAAGAAAGUCUCGCAUGGGUAUUGGGGCUGCUCAAUCCCUUGAUGGUUUCAUACAAGACAAACAAGUUACCAAUAAUGAUAUCGGUACUUAUCGGGAACGUAUUUCUGAUCAUAAAACGGAGGAAAAGAAUCAAAAGGUUUGGAGAAAACUAAUGAAAUUAUGCUAUGAAUUGAGUGGUGGUGAAGAAGAUAGUGGUUCACAAGUUAAUUCGCUUUGGAAAGUUUAUGUUAUGGAAAUGAAUCAACUUAACCUGGAAAAACGUCAAAGAACUCAAAUUGUAAAUAUAGGAGAUGACAAACAAAACGAAAUACAAACUGAUAAGCAAAUCAAUUCAGUGGACGAUAUCCUUUCAGUACCAAUAUACGAUAGAAUUGUAAACUUGUUGACUUAUUUAAGAAGUAACUACAAAUAUUGUUAUUAUUGUGGAUGCUUUUUUGAAGAUAUGCAAGAUAUGUCGAACAACUGUCCUGGCAUGCUAGACGAGGAACAUAUAAACGCCACCGGUUAA